AUGGCCUCAGUCCGGCUGCGCGACCAGACGCCGCGUCUCCUGCAGCAGCAGCAGCAGCAGUUGCAGCAGCAGCAGCAGUUGCAGCAGCAGUUGCAGCAGCAGCAACAGCAGCAGCAGCAGGUGCAGCAGUAG